CAUAGCUAACGCCAUGGCCAUAGUCGAGAAAAUUCAAGGAGCGGUUAUAAUCGGAGGAUUUUAAACCCAGUAGUAGCGUUCGAUAGUAUUGUGUCAUAUCUACUCAACCCCCGACCGCCGUUGCCCAAUUUGCUCGGAAGCGUACGACGGACCACCGUCCUCAUCUCCAAAAUCAGGAAGAUCCAGUGUUGUUAGUUCCUGAGGAAAAAAAUUAUUUUAGAUGACACCCAAUCAAAUUGUACAUGAAAGUCAAGGAGGACAAAGUGAGAACAAAGAUGAAAGCCAACGAGCCGGAGAUAUAGGCAGGGUUAGUUGGUCAAAAGAAUUACUUCAUAUCCUUUGUGAUCUUUGUAUUCAAUAUGUUGAAAAGAGUAAGGGGAAAAAUGGUGGAGUAAUUUCUCAAAGGUUAUUGUGGAAGAAGAUUGAAUUAGCAUUCCAAAAAAAGACCAACCUUCAAUGGGAUAAAACGAAACUAAAAAACAAGGUGGAUUGGAUGAGAUCUAGAUGGAGGUUAUGGAAACAACUAAAAGGAAAAGAGACCGAAUUAGGAUGGGAUCAUGCAAAAGGAACUAUUGGUGCUACUGAUGAGUGGUGGGAUUUAAAAAUUAAGGAAAAUUCAAAAUUUGAGGCAUUUCGAGAAAAAGGGCUUGAACUUGAACUAGAAUAUAAGAUGGAUCAAAUUUUUGGUUUGUAUGCCCAAGGAGCACUUAAGUUUACUCCAAUAGCUGAUCGCACACAAGGACAUUUGCAACAGGAAGAUGAUGAAUUACAUGUUGAUGAUACUCCCCAUGCUCAUCUUGAUGACAUGGAUGAGACUUAUGGUGGUAACAAUUGCUAUAACAGUAAUGCAUCAAAUGGUUUUUGGAGAGACCCUAGCCUUACCCCUACAUCUACUCCUAUCCCUAAGCAUCAAGAUACACAAUUUGAGGGAGACGAACAAAGAAGAGGUAAGAGGGUUUUGGAGAAUGAAUCAUCACAAAGUGGUACAAGUGUGAGGGUUGAAGACAAUAAAAAAGGAAGGACUACAACAUUGUUUGAGAAGCUUGAUAAUCUGUUGCAACUGAUUGGAGAUAGAAGUAAUACAACAAAGGAAAUGAAUAUGUCAAUUAUUAAUGUUUUGAAUUCAAUGACUACACCAAAGCAUGAAGUUACAGAUGCCUUGACAAAAUUGUGUGCUUUACCUGGUUUGGAGUCCGGUACCCCUGAAUUUUACUUUACUUGCACACUAAUUGAAGAUCCACAGAAAAGAUCUAUUCUCUUUGCAUUACCAAAUGACAAGAUAAGAGUUGGGUACAUUAAGUUUUUGUACGAGGGGCGAAAGGACCAUUAAAGAUGCAUUAUUUCAUAUGUAGUUUUAUGAAUAGCUUAGUAUUUGGCUACUUAUUAACAUAUGACUACUUUGUUUUGGUUUAGGACACUUGUGAACUUUUUAUGGAAUUGUGUCUUUAUAGUUUA